AAUGUCCAAGCAUGAUGAGAAAAUAGGGAACAGUGCUGUUGCCUCACAUAGAGAAACCAGUAAGGAGAAUGAUGCAUUUUCAGGGAAAAUGUCCAAGCAUGAUGAGAAAAUAAGGAACAGUGCCAUUGUCUCACUUAGAGAAGCCAGUGAGGAGAAUGAUGCAUUUUCAGGGAAAAUGUCCAAGCAUGAUGAGAAAAUAGGGAACAGUGCUAUUGCCUCACUUAGAGAAGCCAGUGAGGAGACUGAUGCAUUUUCAGGGAAAAUGUUCAAGCAUGAUGAGAAACUGCGCCAUUGUUUCACUUACAGAAGCCAAUGUUGAGGAUGAUGCAUGUUCAGGUAUAAAACAAAUUAAUUACUUCUUGCAACUACAACAUUAAAAAUGAGAGAGAGAGAGAGAGAGAAUCAAUUUUUGUUAUUUUGACACCUGAUUGUCACAACAUGUGUGUAAAAAUUGGUGUUAUUUUGAAAGAGAGAAGAGGUUAGAAGAGAAAAAGAAUCAAAUUUUUUUGGCACCUGAAUGUCACUACAUGCUGUUAAAAUUGGUGUCAUUUUGAAAGAGAGAAGAGGUUAGAAAAUGAGAGAGAGAGUGAGAGAAGCAAGCAUUUUUUAGUAUAACAUAAAUAUUUCCCUUUACAUUUUGAUUGAUUAAAUAUUGUUUAACGUCCCUCUCGAGAAUCUUUCACUCAUAUGGAGACGUCACCACUGCCGGUGAAGGGCUGCAAAAUUUAGGCCUAUGCUCAGCGCUUACGGCCUUUGAGCAGGGAGGGAUCUUUAUCGUGCCACACCUGCUGGGACACGGGACCUCAGUUUUUGCGGUCUCAUCCUAAGGACUGUCCCAUUUAGUCGCCUCUUACAACAAGCAGGGGGUACUGAGGACCUAUUCUAACCCGGAUCCCCACGGGAUUUUUACAUUUUGAAGCUAUCCAUGAAUUUCAGUACAUGUGUAUAAGAAUCCAAUGUAUAUAAUGUUCUUUAUCACUUAGAAAGAAUGGAAGAAGGAGGUUUACAAGAUAGAGAUAAUAUGCAUAACUAUAAACUUUCUAAUGUGUUGCCUUUCAGUAGAGGUAUGUAUUGAUCAAGAUUUUCCGAUACGAUACAAUACAAUAUUUUCUGAUGCGAUAUCUGAUAUAUUGGAUUUACAAUGUAGUUAAGCAUUUUCUGAAGUAAAAUAUCAAAAUAAAAAAAAAUGAAGUGGUUUAAUAUCUUUUAUUUCAUAACAAAACAAACAAUGACAAUUAAAGUCUGAGGAAACACCAAUGUCACAAUGUA